CCACAAAACAGUUUUUUGCAUUUGCACAAUCACUUCCUCUCCUCUUCGAUUUUUGUAUCGUAUAUCCAACUGAACCAUGGAGUCUGUCGUUAUUGGAAUCAAUUUUGGAAGCGCCAACACCUCCAUUGCCGUUUUGGCUAGCAAUGGACAUUUCAAUGUCAUUGCAAACGCUGACGGUGAGCGCAUGAUCCCUUCCGUUGUUGGUUUCUUGGGCGAUGAGGAAAUCUCUGGAACCCAGGCUCUCCAGCAGUCUGUCAGGAACCCCAAGAAUACACUCCAAGGGUUUCACAGGUUGAUUGGCAAGAAAUUCGAGGAGGUCAAGAUUCCCUCAGACGCUACUCACCCCGACAUGAUCUCUAAGGAUGGUGUCCCCGCCUACAAGGUCACCUUCAAGGAUCAGGAGCUCAUCGUCACUGUUCCAGAAGUUAUCACCAAGCACUUGAAGCACAUUCUCGAAGAGGCUGAGGCCUACCUUGGCAGCAAGGUUACAGGUGCUGUCCUUGCUGUUCCCACCUAUUUCACGGAACACCAGCGUGAGGUCUUGGCUAAGGCUGCUGCAGCUGCUGGAAUCAAUGUCUUGCAGAUCAUCCAGGAGCCAGUUGCUGCUGCUCUCGCUUACAACUUUGGACAGAAUCCUACCAAGGGCGAUGCUCAGGAUAAAACUGCCUUGGUCCUCGAUAUGGGUGCUUCUUCCUUCGACGUCACUAUUCUCUCGGUUCGUAGUGGUAUCUAUACUAUCUUGGAGACUGCUCAUGAUGAGUCCUUGGGUGGCGAGGCAUUUACGGAUGAGUUGGUUCAGUUGGUUGCCCAGGAGUUUAAGAAGAAGACAAAGGUUGAUGUCACUGGCAACAAGAAGGCUCUAUUAAAGAUCAAGGCCGCUGCAGAGAUCACUAAGAGGCAGCUAGCCCGCUCUGCUUCUGCUCCCUGUUCUGCCGAGUCAGUUGCUGAAGGUUUAGACUAUCAUGGCUCCAUCAAUCGACUUCGCUUCGAAUUGGCUGCCAGCAAGCUAUUUGCCAGAUGUAACCAAUUGGUCGAACACAUCUUAGAGAAGGCACAGUUGUCAGCCGGCGCUAUUGAUGAGAUUCUUUUGGUCGGAGGCGCCACUCGCAUGCCCAAGUUCCAAUCUAGGCUCCGUGAUAUCUUCCCCGAGACCACGAUGCGUUUAGAUCAAGAAUCGGAUGAGGCCAUUACUGUUGGAUGCGCUGCUCAAGCUUCAUUAAUUGCUGGAUUCGAGAAGGAGGAUAUUGCAGCGUCGACCAAGGAGAACAUCACAGUCACUCCUCACACUGCUAAACCUAUUGGUGUUGCUGGACCUAAUGACGAAUUCUUCACGAUUAUUCCCAAUCAUACUCCUCUCCCUGUCAAGCGUGUGUUUGAAUUUGGUAAUGCUGCUGAGGGUCAGACCGAGGCCUAUUUUGCUCUGUAUGAGGGUGAACAGGACCCCCUUCCUGCCAAGAAGGAGAAGGUUGAAAAGCCUGGCAUUGGAUCAGAUGAUGAGGCAGAGGAAGAAGAAGAGGAGGACAUUCCUGUAAAGCCUACGUACCACAAGACCACUCUCUUGGCGGAGGUUGUCUUGAAAGAUCUUCCUGCUGGUUCCAAGGCUGGUGCUCUCAAGAUCGAGGCCACUGUACAAGUCGAUGUCAACAGCAAGGUCACGAUCACUUUGCGCGAGAAGAAGAGCGGAAAGCAGAUCCGUGCAGAGAGUGCUUAAAAAAGAUUGCUUUCUUCAGGUGGAAUUCCGGAAAUAGAAAUAAUAAAACGCGUUAAAUACUGUUAUAAGCCAC